AUGACCAACACUAAGUUGACCGAUCAUUCAGCAUCGAAUUCGCCGACGCAUGUCUCGAACGAAUACGGAAGUGAAGCGGACGAAGACGAAUAUGCAGAAGAAGAGGACUGGACAGUAUCUGAGACAAUCAUUCGACCAUUUACCUUGCAAUUACCACCACCAUUAUUACCGAUGACGUCGAGUGUAGUUCAAUCGCACGAUGCAAAACCAACCGAGUCAGCUCCCGCUCCCAAGUUCCCACCACCAGCUCGUCCAGGCGAUCCAGUCAAAUGGCCUUCACAAGAACAGCGGAUCCCAGGCAAACCUGGGAAUCUGAACAUUAGCGGACUUGUCACUUUUGACCGUCGUGACAGAGUUGAGUUGUCGCACUGUUACCUCGAGAGAAAUCUUGUCACUAAUGGCGGCUGGCUUGAUAAUGUGGUCUGGGUCGUCAAUACCAAAAAUAAAUCAGAUCUUGCAUAUCUCGACGAAAUCUUAGCUCGAUCGCCUCUGUACUUGAAGUCUGACCACGCCGAGAUGCGGCGCACGGUCAGUCGCGAGACUAUGUACAUCAAAAUCGAGGAUAUUGUAUGGUUUGCAAAAGACACCAUUGAGCGUCUGGUGGCUAGAAAGCUCAUUAGCCACGAUGCACUGGCUAUCUCUGCCAAUAUUGUGAAUAAUCCACCCGUAAAUUUUUUGCAUUACCAUGCUGGUGCUCUUCACCCAUAUCUUCCAGACUUGCCAAAGGGAUUUAAUUUCAGUGCACCUGAGUCCAAAGCAGAGCAAGGUGACGGCAAGUCAGGGUCAAAGCAAGUCCAAGAACUAGCAGAGAAAGUUGGUGAACAUAGCACACUUUUCAAGGCCUUGGCAAACCACGUGCACAAUAUCACUUGGAAGUCUUCAGGAUACCCUAAUUGGACAGGUCCUGAAGACUUCGUGUGGUCGUCGGAUUGGAAUAUACCAUUGCCAAAUCAUCGGUGGCUGCGCGUCCCAGAUGAUAGAGCACUGAAUCGCACUCCUGUUGCUCACUUUACAUAUGAAGGAGGGAGAUCGAAAAAUGAAAGCUGGGCAAUGGCGUCGCAGCAACAUUACUCGUUACUCGAAAAUAUAGAAAAGGAAAAGUUAAACUUAUACAAGUUCGAUCGGCCCUGGGAUGUGAAAGAUGACUAUAUCCAGUUAAGCUUUUUGGCCAUUUUGGGAGGUGAUAUUCUUGAUACAGAUAUCCUUGAUCGCCUGGAUAUCCAGGGCGACACGCUGCAGCGCGAUACCGGACGACCAAUCCUCAUUGAGGGCACAGCUCUAGCGGCCCAUUUCAACUUCAUGCAUCAAGAUGGCGUCCCAACGACGGAUCUACUGGCGCGGUACAAGUCUCUGGCUGCUGACCAGGCAUGUCUUGCACCCUCACCGUCUGCCUCUGAUUGAUUUUUUCUCGAUUUGAUUUUUAUGAACGUAUAUCAAUUGCAUGGCUUUGGUUGUUCAGAACUGGACGGCCGUUAGAAGGAUUUACUCAUUCCAGAGU